AGUGCCAUUACAAAAAAAGGUUGAGGGGAGCUGCCUUCUCCUGCUAUGUGAGGGUGUGGCAAGAGGAGUCGUCUGUGAAGCAAAGUGACGAUUUCAUCAGACACUGAAUCUCCUGGGGACUUAAUCUUGGAGUUUCCAGGCUCCAGAACUGUUUUCAGGUGCUGGUCUCAUGGCUCUUUCCCAGCUCAAAAUAAGAAAACUCUACAGACACUCCAUCCACUAGAACCCAUUCCCAUCUACCCCCUACUCUGUCCAGCAACCAAAACUGAAAUCAGAGAGGAGGCAUAUGGAUGUGAUCUGUGCAGAGAAGAUAACAAGGAUGCUCUGCAGCUAUAGCCGCACAUGGCUUGGGAUGACCGUAUUAUGACAGGCAUAGAAUGUUUCAUUAUCUUGGAGGGUUCUACUGGACAGUAUCACCAUUAGUUGUCCAUACUCGCAGAGAAGUCCUUGCCUCUCCGUUACAAACACUGGCUAACCAAUCUGCAUGUGUGUAUCUCGAGGUAAAAUGAUAUUUUUCGUGCAUGUAUUGUUUUAAUGUAGCACUUGAACCUGGAGGACGUUAUGCUGAAUGAAAUAAGCCAGGAACAGAAACACAAGUAUCACAUCAUCUCACUUAUAUGUGGAAUUUUGAAAAAUUAAAUUCAUAGAAGUAGAGAGUAGAAGGGUGUACCAGAGACUGGUUGGGGAAAGGAGAAGAAGAAAUGAAGAGAUACUGGUGAACGUGUGCAAAGUGCCAUUUACACAGGAGGGGGAAGUUCUUGAGAUUUAUUGCAUAAUAUCAUUACUAUAGUUAAUAUAAAUAAACUGUAUAUUCAAAUUGCUGAGAGAGUAAAUUUAAAUGUCUUACCACAAACAUGAUAAUUAAUUGAGGUAAUGGAUAUGUUAGUUAUCUUGCUUUAAUCACUUCAUCUUGAAUAAAUGUAUCAAAACAUUAUAUUGUAACCCAUAAAUGUUUACUAUUAUAAGUUGCCAUUUAAAAAUAUUAUUAAUUUAGGCCAGGCAUGGUGGCUCAUGCCUGUAAUCCAAGCACUUUGGGAGGCUGAAGUGGGAGGAUCGCUUGAGGUCAGGAGUUUGAGACCAGUCUGGCCAACAUGGUGAAACCCUGUGUCUACUAAAAAUAUAAAACUUAGCUGGGUGUGUUGGUGCAUGCCUGGAAUUCCAGCUACUUAGAAGACUGAGGCAGGAGAGUCAUUUGAAAUUGGGAGGUGGAGGUUGCAGUGAGCUGGGAGAUUGACCACUGCACUCCAGCCAGGAUGACGACCACUGCUCUCCAGCCAGGGGGACAGUGUGACUCCAUCUCAAAAAAAUAAAAAUAAAAUAAAACAAAACCAUUAUUAAUUUAAAAAUAUUUUAAAUGAUCAACUGUUACUUUACUGCAGUCUCAUUGGAGAAUAAGGUUCUGUAGUUCUAAGUCACUAUGUGCUGAGUGAAGUGGUUGACUAAUGAUUUGAAAGAAUACAUGAGAGAGAAUAUGAGAGUGAGCAACAGGGGGAGCCCUGUUUUCUUUACAGAAAAAAGUUUAGUUAGCACUGAAUUUUAGGAUGGACUUCACUGAAGGGUAAAUGGCUCAGUAUCUGUCUCCAUGAUUCUGGAGGCGAAGCCACUUACAGCUCUAUCAUCAGCCAGCUGGAUGUCAGACUCACGUCUGUCCUGGCCAAGCCUGUUUUGCUGUCUGGUUGCUCCCACCAAGAAGCCUUCCCAGAACCAUACCCUCCUUCCUUGUGCCUGUGUUUCCUAUGUUGCAUUUCCUUGUGUUUUCUUUUUACAUAUAAUUUUCUCCCGCACUGUAAGCCAUAUGAGGACAAGGAUCAUGAGUGGUUUUGCUUACUGCUGUAUCUUCAGUACCUGGUACAUAAUAGGACAUAGUAAAUAUUAGUUGAAUGGAAGAUUAACUCAACAAAAAGGUAAGUUCUUGAUGAUCAUAGGUAUGUAUCUGGGUUCUAUUCCACUGAGGAAUGAGAGAUUGGCUGCUGGAGGCAAGAACAUGUUUCAUUUACAUUUGCGCAUUUGACCCUGAAAAAUGUCACCAGAUUUUACAACUUAUUUACAAUCGUGUCUUGGAAUGACUGCAGGCUCAUAAAUAACCAGGAAAGAUAAGGCUGAAGAAAAAAACAGUUGAAGAAUCGGUUGCUUGUUUUAAAAACUCAUUUCACAGUGUGCUAUUUUCUUACCAAAGAGGCAGGAAGCUUAAUGUCUAUAAAACUUUAAAGAUCUUGGGGUAUCUGAAAGACUCAAAGCUAUGUAAACACAACAUAUUAGUUGUUGGAGAUGGGAUAGCUUCUUGUCUUCUUUCCCUUGUGAUACGGUUUGGCUGUGUCCCCAUCCAAAUCUCAACUUGAAUUGCAUCUUCCAGAAUUCCCACGUGUUGUGAGAGGGACCCAGUGGGAGCCAGAUGAGGACAAUUUUUGGAUUUAAACUGCUUAGAAUUCUUCAGGCAAGACUUGAUGGAGCAAUUCUUGGACAGCCAGAACUUCACCAGGUUCACACGAGAACUCAGAUGAAGUCUCAUCUACACUGGUUUCCUCUGGAGAGCUGAAGCCAUUGAGAGCUAGUUUUCGUAGCACCAAAAUGACAAGUGCAAGAAUUGCCUGCUAUCUGUCCCGACCACUUCUCCUCAAUGAAAACACCGUCCUUCCUUUUCUAUGAGUCUUCAAGAUCCAUUUCAGCCCUAAAACAUUUCCUGAGCAUGGCCAUCCACAGUCCCUAUCUCCAGCUCCAAUCGAGAGAUGAGGCAAGCGAGGCUCAGUGACCUGCCCAUAUCACAAGUAAAAAAUGACCCAGGGAGCAUGUGAGUUAGUGACACAUCACAUCUGGAGCCAGGUCGAAAGGAUUGUAGACAAGAGGAAGAACAAGAAAGGAAAAUGGGAGUAUCUUAUCCGAUGGAAAGGCUACGGGAGCACAGAGGACACGUGGGAGCCAGAGCACCACCUCUUGCAUUGUGAGGAGUUUAUUGAUGAGUUCAAUGGGCUGCACGUGUCCAAGGACAAGCGGAUCAAGUCAGGGAAGCAGUCCAGCACCUCCAAGCUUCUGCGUGAUGGUCGAGGCCCCUCGGUUGAGAAACUCUCCCAAAGACCUUCGGAUCCUGGAAAGAGCAAGGGGACCUCCCAUAAACGGAAGCGAAUUAACCCUCCCCUGGCCAAGCCAAAAAAAGGGUAUUCCGGCAAGCCUCCUGCAGGAGGUGACAGGGCUGCCAAGACAGUGUCUUACAGGACUACCCCCAGUGGUUUGCAAAUAAUGCCCCUGAAAAAGGCUCAGAAUGGGAUGGAAAAUGGGGAUGCCGGCUCUGAGAAGGAUGAGAGGCACUUUGGAAACGGGUCCCAUCAGCCUGGCUUGGAUUUGAAUGAUCACGUUGGAGAGCAAGAUGUGGGCGAAUGUGACGUGAACCAUGCCACGCUGGCGGAGAACGGGCUCGGCUCUGCUCUGACCAAUGGGGGAUUGAACCUGCACAGUUCGGUGAAGAGGAAGCUGGAAGCAGAGAAGGACUACGUCUUUGACAAGAGGCUCAGGUACAGCGUCCGCCAGAAUGAAAGCAACUGUCGGUUUCGAGACAUCGUCGUGCGGAAGGAAGAGGGGUUCACACACAUCCUGCUGUCCAGUCAGACCUCGGAUAACAACGCCCUGACACCUGAGAUCAUGAAAGAAGUCCGGCGGGCGCUCUGCAAUGCAGCCACGGACGACAGCAAACUGCUGCUCCUCAGCGCGGUGGGGAGCGUGUUCUGCAGCGGCCUGGAUUAUUCCUACCUAAUAGGCCGGUUGUCCAGUGACCGGCGGAAGGAGAGCACUCGGAUUGCAGAAGCCAUCAGGGACUUUGUGAAGGCCUUUAUCCAGUUCAAGAAGCCUAUCGUGGUGGCCAUCAAUGGGCCAGCCCUGGGCCUGGGUGCCUCCAUCCUGCCCCUCUGCGACAUCGUGUGGGCCAGUGAGAAGGCCUGGUUCCAGACUCCCUACGCCACCAUCCGCCUCACGCCUGCUGGCUGCUCCUCCUACACCUUCCCCCAGAUCCUGGGCGUCGCACUGGCCAAUGAGAUGCUGUUCUGUGGGCGGAAGCUCACCGCCCAGGAGGCCUGCAGCAGGGGGCUGGUGUCGCAGGUCUUCUGGCCCACCACAUUCAGCCAGGAGGUGAUGCUGCGGGUCAAGGAGAUGGCAGCCUGUAGUGCCGUGGUGUUAGAGGAGUCCAAAUGCCUCGUGCGGAGCUUCCUGAAAUCGGUGCUGGAAGACGUGAAUGAGAAGGAAUGCCUCAUGCUCAAGCAGCUCUGGAGCUCCUCCAAAGGCCUGGACUCCCUGUUCAGCUACCUGCAGGACAAAAUUUAUGAAGUCUGAGGGGUCCUAGCUAAUGGGCCCUCAACUUCUAACUCUGCCCUGUGUUUCGGAAACCGAAGCACAGCGUCUGCCCCGGCCAAGGAGUUUGUUGAGGUGUCUCUUUAUGCCUAGGGUUGUGUCCAUUUCCUCGUGUCCUUUGGUUGCUCCUCAUUGGUUUGAUUUUGUGUAAUGGGUGGAAAACGCAGCAUACUUGGCCUCCCCCACAUCCCUGCCCUACCUGGACAGAGAGCUCUCCAGGGCUGUAUCUUCCCAGGGCUCCGCCAAGCACUGCUGUCCUUUCCUCACUUGCUGAAAUGCACCAUCCCGGUCCAGGAAGGGGAAGACCACUUUCCCAUUCUUCUGACUCAGGCUGUGUCUAGACAGUGCCUCUGACCUGGAGACUUGGCCGUCAAGGCUCUCUCUGGUUGUAUUUAGAUCGGGUGUCAGAGGACGACCUAUCUUAGGGAAUUUCCAGACCAAUGAGCAAAACGAUUGUGCACACCUGGCUUCGGUCUCCCUCCAGUGCAAAUCUGUGUGAUUAUUAGGGCUUGGUCUUAAAACCCGGUUGAGUGAUUUACAAACCCAGAUAUUGUACAUUUAGAAAUGUUUUGUUAAAUAUAUAUUUUUAAAACAAUGUAAGUGGAAAUUCUGAUAAUUUAUGUGUAUUAUAUGUAAAGCUAGUUUUGCAAAAACAAACUACUAGGGAAAUGUUUUCUCUUUCCUUGGACUUAUUUUAUUUAUUUAUUUUUGUUUAUAUAUUGUGAUGUCUGUUGUUCACACAGAUACUAUUUUCAUACUGCCCUGGACCAAAUCCCACACGAGGUUCAUGCCGUUGGGUGCAUUCUAGCAAUGAGCCAUGCAGAAAUAAAGUUCAGAGAGAUGAAAACAGAAGGAUUUCUGUGGACAGAAGGAAUAGCGCUGCACCUCUGUGUGUAAAACGACUCUCAGCUGUAAUAAUAUUAUACUAGUUCCUUAGGUUUGUCCUCCGGAGAUGUCUUGGGAGAGUCUUCUCUUCCCUCUGCUGUCUUUAAGGAAAUAAAGGACCCUCUCAGCCUGAAUGAUCUUGAAACAGACCCAGCCCCUAAUUGUGUGAUGUCGGGAAGGGGCGGGGACAGGCCCUACCUGGAAAUAGCAUAUUGUCUAUCUAGAGUAAGACUUUUUUCUUUGGGGCAAAUGACUGAAGUUGGAUUCUGCAGUCUUUUGCUUCCAUGUGAUCAGUGAUUUCUGGUAUUGGCCUCCCAGGGAGUUGGGGAAGAGUUCCCGCUCUGCUGAGCUGUCUGGAGGUCUGACUCUUUUCCCCCAGAAGCUGAAAUGACCCAUCUUUUUUUCUAGUUUUUUAUACACAUAAGGAGCAAUGACCAGGGAUGAGACCUCCUUGCCCCAGUGCCCCUGGGCUGCAAGGGGCUUCCAGCACAUGUGUUAGACCAUCAGACUCAAGUCCCAGGAUAAGCUACAGAAAAGGAAGGGUUUGGGAUUGUGGUUUUGGGUGGUGAGGGGAAAAAUAUAAACCUCAAGUUGGGAGCAGACAAAUGGAAGGGGUGUGUUCUGCAUGAGAUUUAAACCAUGGGUCAAGCAGCCAGAGAAAUGUAGAUUCUCAGAUUCUCAGGAGGAAGGGAUUUUUUUCCCAUUUCCCUCACAGCCCAUGAGUAUUCCUGGAGGCCCUUGGCCCUCCCCUUCUUCCCAUUUCCUGUUGGGCACCAGCCUUUCUUGGCCCUUCUUUGGAGAGAGUGGAAUAAGCCAGCAAGAGGUGGGCACAGGUGGUGGAGGUGAAGCAGGCUCAGAAGAGAGUCCUGGUGACAGUUCUCUUAACUCUCUGUGGUCCUUUCACUUCUUCUCCAGGCGACUGGGUGCACUGGGCAGGGCAGAUGCAAUAUAUUUGUGGCCCUGAGCUCUGAGUUUCAAAGAACAGGUUGAUUGUCUACACUAGAUCUAGAGACAUGGUUUUUAAGCAGUGACCCUCAAGUUUAUCUGUACUGCUGGUCCUUCUGAUGACCUUGGUUCCCUCCCUGCAAAGCCUUUCUCCUUUAAGAGUUUGUGAGGGUUGGGAAGGAGGGGAAACCUCUCCUUCAGCCAGAGGAGGAUGGAAUUGAAGUCCUUUGCAUCUUCUUUUUGUCCAUGUGGAUCCUAUAAAGACUGCCGACCUGCCCUACAGGGAGUUACUAUAGGGAGACACAUGCUUUUGCCCAAAUGCCUGUUGUCGCAGCUCUACCUGGAUUCCUCUUGUCUCCAAGCUCUACCUUGUUUCCCUUGAGAAAGCAAAUGUGAACUUGCCAAAACACUUAGUUGAACCUGGUUCUUGUAUGUUCUGGCAGUUAGUGUUUUCAUACUGCUAAAUUCUUGUUCGAAAGAGCCUCCUCAUUUCUGUUGAGCUUCUGACUGGGUGCAGUUAUAUUCAACAGCUGUUGAAGCGGGGUCAAGAUUCUCCUUGAAAAUGGAAGGGAUGUUUAGAAAUUCCUUUAGAUCAGUGUCCACCUUUGUUCCCUGCUUGAGAGAACCAGAAACGUUUCAGGUUUGGAUGAGUUAUCAAAUCGAAACUGCUGAACAUUUCGGGGAUCUCUGAUGAUUAAGGCAGGAAUAUGAAACCAUUCCUGAGGUGGAAUUCAUGCUUGUUAAUUCCUGGCUCCUGGGUGUAACAGGGUGGUGGAAAUCUGUAUUUUGGUUGUUUGCAUAUAGUCAGUAUUGGGUGAAAGUGGGAGCAAUCUGUUUGCUGCAGGGUAGACUGAAUUUUUCACUUUUGGGGUACUUGUUUUGACAAUGUGUAGGCGAAUUCCAGGUAACUUACAGCAAAUCGAUCUGGAAUGGAAAAGACCAGACCUCUGGUUGUGUCAGGGUUUAUCCUAAUAGCUUUUCUGAGAUAGGGCUCAGACUUGCAUUUUUGAUCUUCCAACCUAGGGCCCCCUCUCUGUCUAAGGGAUCAUUUCUCCCCUCUCUCCAGCAUUUCCCCUACCUUCUCUCGUAAGUCACUCCCAAGAGCCUGGGCGGGUCUUUAAGGAACUGCAGCUCAUCUUGGCAGCCCUGUCCUGCAAUUACCUUUAGGUUUGGAAGAAUAGCUGUGGGUGGGCAAUUGAGGGCGGUUCUUUAGUCAAGGGCCUUUCUAGCAAUCCACUCCCUCCCAUCCUGUUAGCCAUGCAGUGGAACUCUCCUUCCCUCUCUUCCCUAACCUCAACGAUGGCUCACUCCUAGCAUCUCAUGGGACCAUCUGAGUUAACAGCCCUGUCCCGAGAGGACUUUGUGCAGAACAUUUGUUAAGGUGGUCAGACCUCAGCACCGUCUGGAAGACACAGCCUAAUGCUGAUGUACUUACGUGCCCCUUCCAGCAUAGAAGUAAUGUCUGUCGGUAACGGCCAUCCAAGUCACUGUCUGAGAAUGACAUUGGAUAGCUGUGAGAAAGUAGUAGAGAAUUGACUUAAAAUAUUAUUCUUGUUUGGUAUAGAUUAAACUAGGAAAUGUUCUCUCUGAAGCAUGAAACUGUUUUUCCCAUGUGAAGUUUAGUAUAAGGAUGGAAAAAUAAUAAUCACAAUAGACUUUGAACAAUGCAACUGUAUCUCUGAAUAUCCACAUUUAAAAAUAGCCUUCACUGAAUGCUGAAUUGCAUUUCCCAUUAUUGUUGGUUUAAAAAAUUUUGUAAACUUUUUUUAAAAUUUCAAAUUUAGUCACAUCCAUGAAAUUUUCCAGUCUAGUUUCUGUGGAAAUUUUUUAACAGAGAGAAACGAAUAGAAACAUCUUCAAAUCCUCUUAAGUGAAUAUUUAAAUUGCAGAGUUGCUUCUGUUCUGUUUUUCUGUAUUCAGACACUUAGAUCUGUUGUAUAUAUUAGUCUAGACACUCUCACUAAUAUACACAGUAUUUAAGAAAUGAGAUUUCUUAAGUAUUUUAUUUUAUUCUCUGUAAAUGGUUUUGUAUAAUCUAAAAAUCUACACUUUGUAGAUAUUUAAGGGAAACAUUUGGGGUUGUCUUGCAUGUAUAUUUUUGUUGUAGAUAAGUGUUGCUUAGUUAUUUCUGCAAAUUUUGUUUGAAAUGCUUACAGACUUUAAUACAGUAUAUAUUUUCAAAAUAUAAACUUUUAUAUUUCUGUGAUGUUAGGAUAUGCGUUUUAGGCAAUAUUUUUCAUUAAUAUCACUUGUUCUUUCGAAAAAUAGCAUUCUGGUUUGGUGCCAGUUUUUUUCAUUAGAAUAUAAUGCUCUUAUAUUGUUGGAGAGCAGGUUAAUCUUUUUUCGAAGUAAUUGAGUUUGAAGUAUAAUUUCAAAAUGUAUUGAAUUUGUGAAUAAGCCUUACCAUUAGGAUCAGUAAAAUUUUCAACUUUGCAACUACAUAAGUAGUUUAAGAUCUCCCCAUAAAUUCUUACUGUGUGGCAGUUGAUGGAGUUUGUGAACAGAGCCUUAAGCUUGUUGCAAAAAAAAAAAAUAAAAUGGUAAUACGGGUUGUUUCCUCCAUGCAGUGUAAGCCAUGUGGACGGACUGAAUGCAGUCUGUAAUUCAUGGCUAAUCUGAAGAGUUUGAUUGAGAUGAUGGCGGCAGGGACCAGAUAGGCACCUUGGUGAUUGUCUUUGGCCAUAAGAAUGGACCAAGGACUGGUUUUCCAGAGCCACCUUCAUACUGUAAACAUGGUUUAGACACGGUCAUAGGGAAGGCUGCUGGUCCAUCAUUUGUUCCAAACAAAUGACAUUUCCUGCUCCUGACCCUGGCAGUUGACCCCAGAUUCCUUGUAGAUGACUUGGAAACGUCCAUUCUGGGUAAGGUCAGCACUCCUUGAGAGAUGUUAACAAAGUUUACCUAUGAGUCUUACUGUGUAGACAAUCUGAAGUUGAUUUUAGUUACACAAUCAGCAUUCCCAUGUGUCCUCAGUGUCUUAUCAAUGAACUAUGUGUAUCAAGCCAUACUAAACUGGAGUUUAGCAGGACAAAGGCAAACGAGAUGUAGAACAUAAUAUAUCAGCUGAAACUGUCUACCCAGGGCUGUUUUUAUAGAACAUAAAUCAUGGAGCUCCUUGGCAGUGUGUCUACUGUGUUUGGGGUUUAAUAAAACCAACUAGAAUUUAGACUUAAAAAGAAAUUGUGUUUCCUUUCGGUUGUCCACACUUCAGUAGUCCAGGGCGAUCCUAUGGCUAAAAUCAAGUUAUUUGAUUCAUCUCUGGUACGUGUUUAUAAAGUCAGCCUUUCAGCUAUUAAGAUGGAGAUUUGCUUUAAGUUUUUGCAGCGUGUGUGGCAGUCAGAAAAACCCAUAUCUAGUUUUCAGCUUCGGUUCGGGCGUUUUUACGGCUUAACCUUAUCUCAUUGAUCCAACAUCUAGCCUGAUGCUGGAACUCUUAAAGUUGACUCUUAGAGGUUUGGAGAGUAUAGAGUUUCCCAUCUGGUGUUUAAUUUGUCCCUGUGCCAUUAGUCUCAGCUUGAAGUCAUUUGCCAAUGUCGAUGUUGACAGGAUUGUGACAAUAUUGCCUUUCAUAAAACCGAGGACCAAAGAAUUCCAUUAUUGUAACAAAGCCUGAGUUUCAUAGACUGUGGGCACAUCUAGACAGAUAUGUUUAUGCUUGAUGGUGCAGAGAAGCUGCUCACUUCACCAACCUCAUGCUCCCCCUGGCUGGCCAUACAGAGGGAUUCGUUGUCAUAUUGAGAAGGCUCUGAAAGAUGAGUUUCUAAUUGAAGCUCACUAUCUCAGGUUGGUGUUUCUGCUGUGUAGUCCCAAGCCUGUAUCCAUAUCAUAGAAGUGGAGGUCUGGCAUUCCUCCAGGUUAUCUGGCCAGUGUAGACUGUUCCAUCUGAACAUGAACCUUCAGGGUAAGAAUUUUUCAGACGUGUCUAUACUGAACAGUAGGAUCCUGCACUUGCCAAAUGUCUGCCUCCUUUCGUUCUUCAUUGACCCAUUCUAAUUCCUAUUAGGUACGGGAAGAAUUGUCUUCAGUUCGCUUUCCAUUCUCAUUCAUGAUGAAAUCGUUGAUCCAUUGACCAGUUGAGAAAUGAUGGAUGCUGAAGAUGUGGUAUUCUAUUGGUAAGGCUUAUUACCAAACUUCUGAUAAUGAAGCAGGCUACCAAAAACGUAUCCAGCUCACCCUAGGAGUGUUUGGAUUUGAUCAUGGAUGUCGCACACACCAAAAUCCACCAAGACCUUUGCAAAAUUAGGCUACUUGUUUUAUUUUGCCAGAUUAUCAUGGGAGAGUCUAUAUCUAGUUCUGAAUAUUUGUAAGUCUGAGUACUUCAUAGAAUUAUAAAGCAGGUACAGCUGACCCCUUCUCACCAUGUUGUAAAUAUUUAUUGAGACUGGGUGCAGUACUGAGGGAUAAUAAUCUUCUGAUUUAUCAAAUGCUGACUGUCUAGAGCAAAUUGUACACUCUCUUUGUGAAUGGUCCUGUAACGUGUAUGAACACAUUUCUGGGUGCCUUAGAAGUUGUAUUUUUCAUGUGUGCUAAUAUGCAGUAUUUAUACAUUGUGAGAAGCUGCUUUGAAUAAAAAGGUUGAGACUUCAUCUGCA